AUGGAUUACGAUUCAUUCGAUGCAGUCCUCCAUUGGAUUUUCCGCACCACGCUUGGAGACGCCUGGUUCAAACCCACUGAAGAAAACAUCUCUGCUGGUGUCUGCCUGCGAGUCGAGCCUGGUCAAUUUCGGGUUUUUCCUUACGAAAACCCAUACUUGAUUCCCUUCGAAGCUGCCGUACGCGGCCUCAACCCUCUUGUGGCCGUUAAAGUACGGACAGCUGCUGUGCAUUCCGCCCUAGGCACUGUGGCAGAAGAUGCGACCGCGAUUUACAUCGAUCAGAAUACUCGCAUUCAAAUUUUGGAUACCGUAAGUCACUUGCCGAAAGCAGACAAAGAACAGUGUGGUGCCUUCAUCCGUGACGAGCAUGUCUUGGUCGUUUGGUCCGACAACCUCGAUAACAUCGUCCCAUUAUGCAACGAGUUUGAGGAGAAAUUGAUGAAGCUCGUAUGGCGGUCCAGACACCACACCACCCCCUCCAUCGUCACCUCUGCCUCCAAUUCAUCUGCGCCCUCCACGGCCGCUUCGAACGUGAACCUUAACGAGAAGACUACACGGUCGUCUAUCACCGUCCCUGAUCCUGCUGUCGUAUCGGCAGCUCUGGCCGAGAAGGAAGUUACGACAGCUGCACCCGAAACCCCUCCCAAAAAGAAAUUUUGGAACUGGAGCUGGAAGCUUUCUGCAAAGAAAUCACCUUCGGCAUCUUCAGACCCCGAGAAGAGGGCUGCCCAGGCUAGGCCUAUUCGCCUCUUUGCUCCCAUCUAUGGCGGUCUAGGACUUGGGUUAUCUGUCUUCUUCGUUGGCAGUGGUACAAAUAUGCUACUUCAGGAAUGGAGAUUAGAUGGGGAUUACAAACGCUUUGCAUUGCUUGUGACCGCUCCUUUCCUGGUUUGCGUCGCAUUGUUCUUCUCUCUGCAAAUUAUUACCACUAUUGCGAUGAUCAUUGGGCCUAUUGCGCAGUACCACGAGAACUCGCGGUACUAUUCUGCCGUUCGCCCCGAACCUAACCCCGACGUCGACCAGCGCCUCCCCCAUAUCACGAUCGAGAUGCCCGUAUACAAGGAGAGUCUUGAAGAGACCAUUACACCUUCGGUCAAUUCUCUGAAGAAGGCCAUGCAAACGUAUGCCAGACAAGGAGGCACCUCGGCUAUCUUCGUACACGACGACGGUCUGCAGUCUUUAAGCCCCGAAGAACGCGAUAAGAGGAUAACCUUUUAUGAGAACCACAAUAUUGGCUGGGUCGCUCGUCCACCUCAUUCAAACGAACCUGAUGGCUUCAAGCGUGCUGGAAGGUUCAAGAAGGCGAGCAACAUGAAUUACGGCCUACAAUUGUCUUUGUGUAUGGAGAAGCAUAUCAUCGAACUCGAAAACUCCGGUCAAUCAUUUGACUCCAUUAGUUUGGAAGAUAAAGCACUGGAACUGGCUAUCGAGGAGACAUACGAGGCCAGCGGGAAGAAAUGGAAACCAUGGGCAAAGAACGCGAGGUCGCUGCGUGUUGGGGAAAUCAUCUUGAUCGUCGACUCUGAUACUGUGGUUCCGGAAGAUUGCUUUAGAGAUGCUGCCCGUGAAUUAGCUGAGUCUCCAGAAGUAGCGAUCAUCCAGCACGAAUCAGAUGUUAUGCAGGUCGCCCACCACUUUUUUGAGAAUGGAAUUGCCCACUUCACUCGCCGUAUUAACAAAUGCAUUUCCUUGUCUUGCGCGAAUGGAGAAGUCGCUCCUUUCGUCGGUCACAACGCAUUCCUUCGUUGGUCUGCAAUUCAGGAAGCCUCUUUCGUGGACCCGGCAGAUAAUGUCAAGAAAGUCUGGUCAGAAAGCAACGUCUCGGAAGACUUUGACAUGGCUCUGCGUCUUCAACUCAAAGGAUACAUAAUUCGAUGGGCUAACUAUUCCGAAGGUGGUUUUAAAGAGGGUGUAUCCUUAACUGUGAACGAUGAGCUAAAUCGCUGGCAAAAAUACGCAUAUGGAUGCAACGAAUUAAUUUUUAAUCCAUUAAUUGAAUGGCAUCGUAAGGGUCCUAUCAACAAACAACUGCGUAUUUUCCUAUGGUCCGGAGCCCCAGUCCACUACAAGAUUAGUAUGAUGUCGUACAUGUUCAGCUACUACGGAAUUGCAGCGUCCUCCGUCUUGUCGUUCAUGAAUUACUUCCUCUUGGGCUGGGCACUCGACGUCGAUGGGUUUUACAUGCACAGCUUUGAGAUAUUUUUAGCCUGCACGGUCGUUUUCCCAGGCGCUGGAAAUGUAGCAUACACUCUUUUGGAAUAUCGGCUUGGACAGCGCGACAUCUUCUCGUCUUUGGUUGAGAACUUUGGAUACGUCCCAUUCUUCUGGUUCUUCUUCGGCGGUUUGAGUAUGCACCUCUCGGCAGCUUUAUUGGCGCAUAUGUUCUCUUAUAAUAUCACCUGGGGAGCAACAGCCAAAGAAGUCGAACGGUCGAAUUUUUGGAAAGAAAUUCCAAUAAUUCUUAAACGCUACGGACGUGUAUUUUUUAUUUGCAUCAUCGCGAUCGCCGCCAUCAUCAUUCUUUCAACAACUCUUGUACCACCUGGCUGGCGUAUAGAUGCUUGGGGAGUUAUCGUCCCUCUUGCGAUCGUGGCUGGCGGGCAUCUAUUGUUCCCAAAAACACUGGUUCUAUGGUCAUCUUUGUUCCAAGCACUAUUUACGGGUGAUUGA